AUGCCUCCAAAACGCAAGGCCGGUGCAGCUGGAGGUUCUUUUACCUCCGCAUCCGCCUUGAUAUACCGCUGACAGUGCUAUAUUCAUAGGGACUACAGCUGUCACUACUACAUCUGCAGCUACAAAACGCUCUCGGCCAGCAACCCCAGCAGUCGAUGUGGAUACCAGCGAUGAGUACUCGGAUGACGAAGAGAUAGAGAAUACAGAAGAGGGUCGAGCUAUAUCUAGUUAGUCUUCACUAUUCUUCUGCAGGCAACGACUGACACGCCCUCUCAGAGGUCGUCAACGCGUUUAGUUUGGAUUUAGCUCCCAAAGGUAACGACGUCAUCUCUAAGAGAGAUUCGGUAUCCUACAUAUUCAGCAAGCAGGAUUUCAGCUAUCUGAAAAUGAAAUCGGAUCAUGAAUCUCGCCCGCUAUGGAUUAACCCGGAGUCUGGGGUUAUUGUGCUGGAGAGCUUUUCGCCCUUGGCUGGACAGGCGCAGGAUUUCUUGACUACGAUUGCGGAGCCCUUAUCACGACCAACUUACCUACACGAGUAUAAACUUACGCCCCACUCGCUAUAUGCAGCGGUGUCUGUGGGUUUAGACCCAAACGAUAUUAUUUCGGUCAUGGACCGGCUUUCUAAAAUACCUGUGCCCCCAAAGAUUAUCGACUUUAUCAAGAAGUGCACUAGCUCAUACGGGAAGGUCAAAUUGGUCCUUAAGGAAAACAGAUACUUCGUAGAGAGCACCGAUCCAGCCAUGUUACAGAGACUAUUGCAGGAUCCAGUUAUUGGACCAUUGAGGGUUCAAGGUGAAGGCGGGUCCGGUAUUACAAAGGAAAAGGCACCACAGAUGGGGGCAUUGGUCAUACCCGGUACUAGAAAUGCUGCGGGUGCAGCAAACGUCAAUAACCAGCAAGGUGGACCCGCCGAAGUUGCGGUAGACGUAGUUGAAGAUCUGUUCAACUCGGUUACUGGACUCGGAGAGGACGAGGAAGGAGAGGAUGAGGAAGACGAGGAUGCGGUUCAUUCGUUUGAAAUUCCGGCGGAUGAUGUGGAAACUGUACAGAAGCAGUGCUUGGAUCUAGGAUACCCGGUAUUGGAAGAGUACGACUUCCGUAAUGACAGGAAGAAUCCCAACCUAGAUAUGGAUCUCAAGCCUCAAGCACAAAUCCGCUCAUACCAGGAAAAGAGCUUGAGUAAAAUGUUCGGCAACGGGCGCGCAAAGAGUGGCAUCAUCGUGUUGCCUUGUGGGGCCGGGAAGACUCUAGUUGGGAUUACUGCUGCGUGCACCAUUAAGAAGAGUGUGGUCGUGCUAGCUACCUCCUCGAUGAGCGUUGUACAGUGGCGACAAGAAUUCAUCAAAUGGACAAAUAUAAACCCAGACGCUAUUGCCAUAUUUACUUCUGAAAGCAAAGAGAAGUUCCGUGGCGACGCCGGUAUCAUUGUAUCUACCUACUCUAUGGUAACUAACUCCCGUAACCGCUCCCACGACUCUCAAAAGAUGAUGGACUUUCUCCAGUCACGGGAAUGGGGUCUUCUCAUUCUUGAUGAAGUGCACGUCGUGCCAGCCCAAAUUUUCCGUAAAGUAGUCCAUUCUGUCGCUACGCAUUCAAAGUUAGGACUUACGGCUACUCUUUUACGUGAAGACGAUAAGAUCACCGAUUUGAACUUUCUGAUCGGUCCGAAACUUUAUGAGGCAAAUUGGAUGGAGCUUGCGGAGCAAGGUCACAUUGCUAAAGUUCAAUGCGCGGAAGUAUGGUGUCCUAUGACCCCAGAGUUCUACUCUGAAUAUCUCCGGGAACCGGAUGCCCGCAAGAAGGUCCUCCAUUAUAUCAUGAACCCUCGGAAGUAAGUCACUUCCCCUCUACGUGCUUUUUAAGUUUCCACUAAACACAUCGGUAUCAGGUUCCAAGCAACACAAUUCCUCAUAGACUACCACGAAAAGCGAGGCGAUAAAAUCAUUGUCUUCUCGGAUAACGUUUACGCUUUGAGAGCUUACGCUCUGAAACUCAACAAAGCCUUCAUCUAUGGCGACACGCCCCAGCAGGAACGCCUUCGCAUUCUCGAAAACUUCCAACUCAAUGAUCAGGUAAAUACUAUCUUCCUUUCAAAAAUAGGCGAUACCUCCCUCGACCUCCCAGAGGCUACCUGCCUGAUCCAAAUCUCCUCCCACUAUGGUUCCCGAAGACAGGAGGCACAGAGACUGGGUCGAAUCCUCAGAGCAAAGCGCAGGAAUGACGAAGGUUUCAACGCCUUUUUCUAUUCUCUCGUCUCAAAGGACACGGCGGAAAUGUAUUACUCGAGCAAGCGCCAGGCCUUCCUUGUCGACCAAGGUUACGCUUUCAAAGUCAUCACGCACCUUCAGGGCAUUGAACAGUUGCCGGGCCUUGCGUACGCUACCGUUGCCGAGAGGAAAGAGCUCCUCGCGGAGGUGAUGCUGCAGAACUCGGAAGCCGGGCAACAGGAAGGUGAUGACUUUGACGGGGCCAAGCUGUCUUACAACGCGGGCAGGAAGGGCGCCAAGUACCGGAGAACCACCGGGAAGCUUUCGGAAUUGGCGGGUGGAGACGGCAUGGCGUAUAUCGAAUACAAUAGGAGUAGGAACAAGGAGCUCAAGGGCAAAGGCCAGUCGAGUGCUUUCUUUAAAAAGAUGCACAGGGAAAACGAGAAGAGACGGAAGGAACAGAAUGCUCUGAAGCCCUAAAACUAUUCCCUUGUUUCCUCUCCCCCCCUUAUUUCUCGCACAUUCUUCCCUUUUUUUGUUUAUCUGAUGUGGGGGUGCUGAGUUAAGUCUCCUUGGCUUCUAAUUGUGUAAACACGUUAUGCCUCUCCCAAAUACCAAACAAAUUUUGGGCGCAUAAUGAAUAGGAUAUGGCUGGGACGUCGGCGCCCGUUAACGGCUUCUACUCAACGGCACUAUCAUUUUGUAGGUAGAUAUCGCCGGCUAUUAAGUUCGUGCUCCGUAUUAUUUAUUCCAUAUCUGCCGGCGAUGAACGCACUUGCACACUUAGUCGA